AUGGACAUAGAAUUAUCACACAUGGACACUGCCGAAAUCGCACAAUCGAUCCAAACCACAAAACUCGAACUUGCCUACGAGCGCGCCGUGAGAGAAGCCGAACGCAUCUAUGAAGAAGAACGAGUGCGCCAACUGCGCGUCCAGCUCCUGCUGAUGGAACACGAAAACGAUGAGCUGCAGGAGCAAGCGGAGAGCGGCGAGGAUGAACAGCAUCAUUUGCAGGAGGCCAAUGAGGUGCUACAAAGCCGUCUGGCCGAUGCUGAGGCGGACUUUCAACAAGCACAGACGGACCUUAGGGCGCGCCUCCGUGAUCUAGAAUACUUGAAAACAGAAGUCAACGUCCUAAAUGCUGCGAGCAACGAUGCAAGCAAGCUCCUCGCCGAAAAGCUGGCGUUGUCGAGAGAGCUAAACACCCUCAAACCAGAACUUGAACACCUAAGAUCCCAAAACUCGGCCUACCAGAAACUUCUCUCUGAGAAGCUGGCUCUGCAGCGGGAGGUCAGCUCUCUUCAAGUCGAGCUCGAGACGGAGAAACGGGCGGUCCAAAGACUCAAAGCACAAGAAAAGUCAUCUAGCCGUGAAGACUCGGAGUUGAUGGCAGAGGUCGAGGGUUUAAGAAAAGAGCUUGCCAAAAUACAACGGGAUGCACAAAAAACAGAACGGGAGAGCAGGAAGAGAACAAGCGAAUGGGAGAACGAGAAGGAGGUCUUGGAAGGGAAACUGGAUGCUUUCCGCAACAAACUUCGAUCUACAAAGGACCAACUCAAGGAGGCGCAAGACGAAAUUGAGAAACUGCAGGCAGCGCAGAUGGCGCAGUCGUCUGAGAUGACCAAGGCAAGACUUAACGGGGCAGGAGCCACGGCAAAUCCUAGGAAGAGAAACGUGGCUAGGUUUGACCCAGACAUGACCAUCGGCACGCCGGGACAUGGCAGUCUUGCGACGAAGAAGCCUCGGAUUUCAGUUAAUGUUGGGGACAAGUCCAACUUCUCCAUCACGCCCUUCUUGAACCGCACUCUCAGCAUCUUGCCAGAAACGCCAGCCGAGGACGAAGCUGAAGGGCAAAAGGACGACAACGCAACCGUCAGUCAGCGCGUGGACGCGGUAGUCGAGGACGAGGACGAGGUUCCCACGGUUCAACCGAGAAAGAGAGGGCCGGUCAUGGCGAAAAAGCUGACUGCACCAGCAGCCAGGCGAAAAGGCGCCCAAGCUCUGAAAGACACGACCGAUUCAAAAGUCAAUAACACAGUCAAAAAUCAACAGGUUGACAAACUCAUCGAGGAGGUCUCGGACAUGGAAAGUGAUCGAGAAGAUACAGCUAAUAGCGAUGGCCAAAGACCGAACAAGGAGAAUACAGAGCAAGCCAGUACAGACACCACCACUCUGGAGGCAACACAACCGUCCAAGAAGCAAAAGACACUAGCGAAACGUGCCAACAUCUUCGAUGAAGAGGACAGUGCGCCUGCACCAAAGAUCAGGAGUCUAGGAGGUGGGCUUGCCGGCAAAGGGGGCGUUUUGGGCCGCAUCAACCUCAAGGCAAAAGGUGUGGGCAAAGGAAAACCAUUGACUGAGUUCUCGCCCCUUAAGAGGGACCGGAGGGCUCCUAGUUACCUCGUUCAUGAUCCGCUUGCGCUUCGCCCGCGCUCGAAGCCAUGUCUCCCCUCGCCAAACUCUAUCUCAUUGCCUGCUGGUCGUAUAUUAUCUCCUUCCACAUCACCUUCACGCUCCUCACCAUGCUCGAUCUUCACGAAAGGAGUACGCUUCGCUUCCUCGAGCACGAGGCGCUGGACUGAUCGGCAGCGAGGGGAUCAGUUCGCUCGCGCGGCAAAGGUCCAGGGAUUGAAGAGUCGAGCGGCUUUCAAGCUGUUGCAGAUCAAUGAACGGUACAGGCUGUUCAAGCCAGGCAUGACUGUCGUGGAUCUGGGGUUUGCGCCGGGAAGUUGGAGUCAGGUCGCCAUUGACCUGACGAAGCCUCGGGGUCGAGUUCUAGGUGUCGACCUCCUCCCCGUGCAACCACCAAAGGGCGUGUCGACAAUCCAAGGCGAUUUCCUGUCCCCGGACAUUCAAGCCGAGAUAAAGUCGUUUCUGCGGGAUCCUGACCGGGGCCGCCUACGGCGAUCGCUGUUACUAGGCCCGCCCGAGGAGACUCCAGAAGGCGGAGAAGAGGACCAGCAGGCGAUGCUUGAAGAAGAGGCAACAGGGUAUCUUGACCGCGAGAGUCACGAGAAGACACUCGAGGAACAGCAAGACCGAGAACACCUGGACAAGUCUGUCGACGUGGUCCUGAGCGACAUGUGUGAACCCUGGGACCCGCUUGAAGGGCUUUACAAGAGGAGCAUCAGUAACCCUUAUCGCAGGUUGAUGAACACGAGUGGAAACGCCUUCCGCGAUCAUGCCGGAAGUAUGGAUCUCUGCAGAGCAGCCCUGCGCUUCAGCUACGACACGCUCAAAGUCGGCGGCCAUUUCGUGUGCAAAUUCUACCAGGGCGCCGAAGACAAGAGCUUGGAGAAAUCCCUCAAAGCCAUGUUCCACAAGGUCCACCGUGAGAAGCCCGAGAGCUCGAGGAGUGGAUCCAAAGAGGCCUACUUCGUGGGCAUCAAAAGGUUGGCAAAGGCGGAUCGGGAGGCCGUGUUUGCUGAGCCGUAA